UCCCACAGAUUGACAUGUUCAAGCAGGUUUACGUUCAUCCCAACAAUGAGAACAGUGACCAGCUUUAUGGUGAUAUGGUGGAAAAGAGCACUGCUAUUCUCCAAGAAGCAACAUCGCAGCUUCCCCCGGAGACCCCGAUUGAGGACAUCAUUGUACCCAAGGAUGCAGAUGUUCAGAUCGUGACUAAGGUCCUGGAUCAGAAGUUCGGUCGUCGUCAUGGUAAGGUUGUUCGGUGUACGGGGAAGGCGGGGGUUCGUGAAACGGGUGCCUCUUCUUCCAGAUUGUCCACAGGAGAGGUCAAUUCCUUGAAGGAGGAAGUGACCCUAAUGUUACUGGGUCCUUUCACACCGGACAUUAAUCAUCGUUGGAUGCUUUCGUUGUUGUUUUAG